GAGGGGUAAGGAUGACACCAGCCUGUGGAAGACAACGUAAUCCCGGUCACAAAAAGGGACACUAGCAUUAGCUGGUUUGAUCAGCAACAACUGCCACGAAACAUGAUACUAGAUGUGGCUCUUUGACCCCAGAUGGUGCUGCCAGUAGAUGCUCAGAGUGUCUUUUGUUAUCUUAUGUUCCUGUUUGCAUUGAAAGGGGAACUGAUUAUGAAAGUGACAUUCAUGACAUGCCAGAGGGAUCCCCUACGCUCCUCCUCUUCCAAAACCUCAGCCUGACCGUUCUGUUAAUCACUCUGCACCGGACUGUGAGUGGGUCAGACACCUCCAGACAAUCCCGAGCAACAUGGAGGAAUCAGCCGACAGACAGACGGAGAGGAAAGUUGUAGCAGUGGUGGGCGGUGGCUUGGUCGGGGCACUCAACGCCUGCUACUUUGCCAAAAGAGGCUUUCAGGUGGAAGUCUUUGAAAACAGGGAAGACAUCCGGAAAGCCAAAAUCGUGAAAGGGAGAAGCAUCAACUUGGCCUUGUCUCACAGAGGACGGCAGGCCCUGAAACGUGUUGGAAUGGAGGAGAAGAUCGUGUCAAAGGGGAUCCCCAUGCAUGCCAGAAUGAUCCACUCCCUGACUGGGAAACAGUCCCCAAUACCCUAUGGGAAGAAAGGCCAGUACAUCCUGUCUGUCGACCGGGCCAAUCUGAACAAAGAGCUGCUAACAGAGGCAGAGACGUAUCCAAACACAAAUCUGAACUUCGACCACAAACUUCAGGACUGGAGUGCUGAAACAGGGCUGAUGACCUUUGUCAGGUCGGACGGCUCCAGUAAUCAGGUCCAGGCAGACCUGAUUGUGGGCUGCGAUGGUGCUUUCUCCGCCAUUCGCAAGCAGUUCCUCCGCCGCAGCCGCUUUAAUUACAGCCAGACGUACAUCCCUCACGGCUACAUGGAGCUCACCAUGCCCCCCAUCGACGGAGAGUUCGCUAUGAAGCCCGGUUUUCUGCACAUCUGGCCACGGAACACCUUCAUGAUGAUCGCGCUGCCCAACCUGGACAAGACAUUCACCUGCACCCUCUUCAUGCCCUUCGACGAGUUCGAGAAGAUCACCACGGGAGACGAAGUGAUCCACUUUUUCCAAAACUACUUCCCCGACGCCAUCCCGCUAAUCGGAGUGGACGCUCUCAAGAGGGAUUACUUCCGGCUGCCCGCGCAGGCCAUGGUGUCUGUUAAAUGCUCCCCCUAUCACAUCGGCGACAAGUGCGUCCUCAUGGGAGAUGCGGCCCACGCCAUAGUGCCUUUCUACGGGCAGGGCAUGAACGCCGGCUUCGAGGACUGCAUCGUCUUCGACGAGAUCAUGGAACAGCUCAACGAGGACUUCAGCGCCGUUCUCCCCGAGUACACCAGGGUGCGGGUUCCAGACGACCACGCAAUCGCCGACCUGGCCAUGUACAACUACGUGGAGAUGCGAGCGCAUGUCAACUCCAAAUGGUUCAUUUUCAGAAAGCACGUGGAUAACGUCCUCCACCUCCUCAUGCCAAAGACGAUCAUUCCGCUCUAUACGAUGGUGACAUUCACCAGGACCAGAUACCACCAGGCCGUGGAGCGCUGGCACUGGCAAGACAAAGUGAUAAACCGCGGGCUGCUGCUCGGUGCCGCGGGAGCCGCUGUGGGGGGCGCCUACCUGCUCGCCAAAAACCCCCCGGAUGUCGGCAAGCUCGUCGGCCCCGCUGAGAAAAUGUGGGACAGGAUUUUGGCUCUAAAGACCCCCUGAUCCCCGGUAUCUGACAGACAGGUGCGACCACCGGAGCGAUCGACGGGGGGGGGGGUGAACCCAUGGGCGUCCCAAUUUAAUUAGGUUUUGAUUGAAUCCUCAAGUUCACAGUGAUGGCUCUGCCAGGCAAAUUCACCUCCUACAAAUAAUGAAUGGCUUCAUUUAUAUGGCAGACUGACAAGAUUUUCCAGCAAGUGAAGCAAUUCUACAGUAUGGUCUCAGUAUGACGCUCUCAGGGUCGUGCAAGCAUGCAAAUAAAUGUUUACUUCUCCCCAAAAGUUACUGCUGGAGACAGCAUCCACUCGAGGUCUUUAUUAAUGGCAGCAAUUGGAAGUGUGGUGUCAGUUUUGUAGAGAAGCCACAUUUCAGAAAGAGGCUCCUUGAAGUAUAUGACAAUGCGCAUUCGUUCAUAUGUGAGCUAAAGUGGAUCAUUUGGAUGCAGUUUGCUUUCUGUGUUCUACAUAAAAUGAGAACGUUGUUAAAGAUGGGGGUCUUUCAAAUAAACAAUUUCAAAUCGA